UUUUUCUCAUUCAAUGCAUUUCAAGUCGCUUUGAAAGAGUACCAGGCAAAACAUUUCGUUGUUUUUGUCCGCAUUAACUCCAAAAAGAGCUGCAAUUCGCUACUUUUGAAUGAAAAACCUUCUACCGUUGCAGCAGACAUCCCUGCAGACGAAGCAAUAGCCGUGGAAUUCGUCGUACCUACCGGUCCCGAACAUAACCCGAUGCGAAGAGCCAUCAGACGUCAAGUGAAAGUGAGCUUGCGAUCCGACCGUGAAGUAUGGUGGACACAGAAAGCCGAAGAACUGAAAGAGGCCCAGAAUGCGGGUAAUGCCCGGAAAUUAUUUCAGUUGAUCCGUGCGACCGGUACCCGGAAACCACCUGUGCGUGAAAGCCUCAAGCACCAGAAUGGAACGACCAUCUCGAAUAAGGAGGAACGCCUUGACCGGUGGGCUGAAUACUUUGAACAACAAAUGUCUUGGCCACCAGCCGGCACUCAUCUACAGCCCACAGGUGAAGUAGAACCCUGCACGGUGAACGUGGAACCACCUACGGCCUCGGAGUUUUACGACUGCAUAUUUUCUCUCAAGCGCCACCAAGCUCCUGGUCCGGAUGAUCUCUCACCCGGACUGUUCAGGGAUGGAGGUGAAGUCCCCAAUCAGUACUUGUCCGAUCUGUUUGCUUGCAUUUGGGAAAAGGAGUCUGUCCCAGACAACUGGGGAGAAUCGGUGAUAGUGCCCAUUUUCAAAAAAGGGGCGCGUAGUGAGUGUGGUAACCACAGGGGGAUCAGCUUGACCCCGGUUGUAACGAGACUGUUGGCGUCAAUUGUGCUUCGUCGCCUUACGGUGGCUCGUGAGAUGCUGACUCGAGAGCAGCAAGCGGGAUUCCGGCCUGGUAGGGGUUGUGUUGACCAAAUCUUCACACUGCGUCAGGUGCUAGAACAACGCCAUACGUAUAAGCGACCCACGAUUCUAGUAUUCCUGGAUUUCCGAGGCGCAUUCGACUCGGUUGAUCGGUCUGUUCUUCUUGAGACGCUUGCCCACCAAGGAAUGCCCCGGAAGUUUGUAAACAUAAUACGUUCUUUGUAUUCUCAGACUUCCGGACGUAGGAGUGUGAAGGAGAUCACGAAACGCUUCGGUGCUGUCGGUGCUACUCGCCUUCCAGGCUGGGGCCCGCGUGAUCCUCACUGUGCCUGGCUGAAUACACUACAGGAUAUGGCUGCCAACCGAAGCUCAUUGGGAGACGGAGCGGAUUCUGAUGCGGCGGUCUUCGUCGCGCCUCUUCAAUCUGGUGAGAAUCUCUGUCCACCGAUGACGUCCUCGGACAACCUGCCUCUAAAUGAACUCGAAAAGCAACUGCUUGACCCAUCCUCGGAAUGUUAUCUGGAAAACCUACUGGAUUUAGUGACGUCAUUGGUUGCUGAUUGCAACUACCCCUCAGCGUCUAACUCACGGACCGUACAAGCAUUCCUGAAUAGGACUGACCGUGUUGCUCGCCCUGCAUCACACUCAGCUGCAGCUUCUGCACGUCCGAGUUCAGUUACUACCCUAAACACUUCGAAGUCUGUUUUCAAACCCCGAAAGCCUGUCUAUUUAGGCACCUUCAAUGUUCGCACACUGAAGCAAGCAGAUCAACAUGUGGCUCCUGCGCGUACGCUGGAUUCCGUUUGUAUUGAUGACGCAAGUACUGUGAUCGAACUGACUGCCCCCUCACUCUCCUCCAGGUUCCGGCUGGGCACCUCUUGGAAUUCAGAGGCCGCUGCAGCUGGAUAUGCUGGGGGGGGACGCAAAACACGCAAAACUCGCUUAGCCAUUGAGAAGCUAGUGGAACCAGAAGUCAAACGAAACUAUCAAAGCCAGCUCCUCGAAUACCUGUCGGACGGUACGGUGUCGGAUAUAAAUGGCCACUGGGAAAAAACAUCCAAGGCGCUUCUCAAAGCAGGAGCGUCUGCUUGCGGUACAACCCAGCCAACCUCAUCCAAGGAUUGGAUCUCUGAUAGGACCGUGUCCUUGCUGAAGACCCGGCGACAGGUUCCACCUGGUCGCCACCACAACUCCACCCGGCGCAUCAUCCGACGCCAGAAGACGAUUCUGGUAAAUUCUGAUCUUCAAAUCACUCAGUUAUCAAGCAAUUUGUCCGCACUUUCUGCAGCCCUGGAAAACGUAUGGAGAAGCGACUCCGUACGAGCGCGUGGUCGGAAUCCACAAAUGUAUUCCAAGACGACCUCCAGUCAGUUAUCGAUCAUCGCCAUCAGUACUGAUGAUAAUGUGACCAAUUUGAGUUCAUAUCCGGGACGUCGUUGGAGGACAAUAUCUGGCCAGAUGACUUCGGCUAUUUCGCACUGUAUGAAAACAGCUUGCGGUCAGCGCACAGCUGAAGCAAUCGUUCACCAUUGUCCGUACAAAAAGGCUUCCGAGGUAAUCGAGGCUCGACGCACGAAAUAUGCAGACUUCGAAAUACUCAAGGUGAUUGGCCAGGGGGGCUUUGGUCGAGUUGAGUUAUGUCGCCACAGACGGACACGGAGGGUGUACGCGAUGAAAAUGAUGAGCAAACAGCAUUUACUGGAUCACAGCCAGUCCGGUUACUGGGAAGAACGAGACUUGAUGGUCCGAGCAUCAAGUGAAUGGCUGGUCGCUUGUCAUCACGCGUUCCUGGAUAAAGAAAACGUCUACUUGUGCAUGGAAUAUAUGCCAGGGGGUGAUUUGUAUUACUGGCUGGAGAAAUAUGACACCUUCAACGAGUCCCAAGUUCGAUUCUAUCUUGCUGAAUCUAUCCUGGCCUUGGAGGUACUUCACAGCCUGAGAUUCAUUCAUCGCGAUUUAAAACCGGACAACAUGCUACUUGACGCCCGCGGACAUCUGAAGCUAGCAGAUUUUGGGUCGUGUGUCCGUGUGGGUGACGAUGGCUACCACUACUGUACAUCCCCCAUCGGCACACCAGAUUACAUCAGUCCUGAAAUGUUGAAUUGUCAAUCGAAACCGGGAAAAGUUGGGCCUGAAUGUGAUUGGUGGUCAUUGGGAAUCAUUGCUUUCGAAAUGCUGUUUGGAGAACCCGCAUUUUAUGGUCAAUCGUUAGUGGAAACCUACAGCCGUAUUCUAGCCCACGAGAAGUCUUUCAAAAUCCCCGAAGAUGGUGAUCCCCCAUCGCCUGAAUUGGAGAACUUGAUCCGAGCGCUCCUCCGAUCUGCAGCCACUCGAUUAGGCUCCCUUGCUGUCGUAUAUGAGAAUGACCAGUCGAUGUUAAAUGAUAGUAAUCGUGCAAUCGCUGCCUCAACUGCCCAAGUGAAAUCUCACCCUUUUUUCCAAAACGUCGCCUGGCAUCAAUUAAGGUCUCAGGAUCCUCCCAUCCAACCUGUCGUAAACUCAGAAACCGAUACGUCAAACAUAAACUUCGAUGAGAAUGAAGCUAAUUCUUUCUCCAUUGGUGUCUCUAAAUUACCCUCAACUAGUGGAGCGUUCGCUCCUAAGAAGCCCCCUGCUCCCAAUUACUUCACCGGGAAUCACUUGUCGUUUGCCGGUUACACUUUUAACAGGGACCAUAUUUAUUUACGUGGUGGUUUGCGAGGUCAGGAACAAGUGGACACCACUCCCGAAGCGAACAGAUUAUCUAUGUCUGAUACGAACCGCCGAUUGCAGGCUUUGGAGUCGGAAGUAGCUGAAUUACGAGCUACAAUACAGACUCUGGAGAAGCAAGCUGCUGUGGACCAGGUGGCCCUCAAGGACAGUCAACGUCGUCUCGGUGAGUCCACCUCGGAACUCGAUGCAACUAAAACCCACACCUUGGAACUGGAGAAGACCCUCAGUGACCUACGUUCGCGCUGUGCCACAAUUCAGGCUGAGCGGGAUCGCCUAACCAAAGAUAUAGCAAGCACAAAGACGCAGCUCCAACACACCACGGAAAUAUGCGAGGCAGAACGCCGCAAAGUCUCUGCCUUGGAGGAGGAAAAAACACGAUUAACCACUGAGAUUGAGCAACUACAUGUCUCACUACAACAAACACAGGUCAGACUACAAGAACAAUUAAAACAAACGGAACAAGUUCAAGGUUCCGAUGACCCUUCUCGUCAGCGUGAGAUGAUAUCAGCUCUUGAGCUUCAGGUUGCCAACCUGCAAGCUGAAAAUCGCGAGGCCCGUCAGAAAGCCACUGUCUUGAUGACCGAAGCCAGCAACUUGAAUCGGAACCACACCAAACAAGUUGCCGAGCUUACCGAUCAGCUACAGGAGGCACAGCGUUUCUGCAACCUUUAUCAAUCCCAAGUGACUGAACUGAGCGAAUCCUGCUCAGCUAUUGAAUCGCGAGAGAAAACACUGAGAGAGGAACUGAACGCACUGCGCAUCCAGCUUGAUACCACACUGGCGUCCAAGCGCACCCUGACAGAAAACUUGUUUUCCACUGAGUCCACUUUGGCCUCAACACUGGUUGAACUACGCAGCGCCCAGGAUGAUCUGAAGGCAGCUAGGGAACAUACUGCAACUGAAGUAGAACGGCUUCAAGCUCUGGCCAACUUACGUCUGGCAGAGUUGAAUGAUGUAUCGGGUCAGUUGGAUGAAAUGCGUGAUAGGUGCACCAAGGCGGAGGAAAGCAGCUUCGACCUAUCAGAACAAGUGUCCCGCCUUCAGAAAGAGCGUGAACUGCAACAACGCAAUAUGAAAGCCAUAGUGGAUAAAUUGCUACACGAAGUGGAAGGUCGUAGACCACCGGGAGGUAGUAAGAAACAUGCCAAAGAUCACGAUCAUUCGGCUUGUCAGCAGCUGGCGAAGAAUUACAAAAAUUUGCAAUCUACCUCAGAAAAGGCAAAGGCGGAUUUGCAAAGAACGAUUGAUCAACAGAAGAAAGAUCUGGCCGAACGUAGUGAAAUGCUAACUCGAUUGACCGAAGAAAGCCUAUUCAAGGACCAAGAAAUCAGUCGAUUGAAUGCAUUGAUCCAUCAACUUUAUAGCCGAUUAGAUGAAGCCCCACAGACCCAUUCAACCCCCAUGAAGGGUAUGUCUGCUGCAGGUGAUAUUGGUGACCAGGUUUCUGGACCAGGUUCCCGAACUAUGAUCGACCAUGACUCUCAGCUGGACUUGGAUGAAUUAUAUUCAAAAAGUUUGGAACAAGUUGUCGACUUGGAUAGUAAAGGUCGUGGACGCAAAAAGCUGAUCUGGUCCCCCACCUACGCUGUCCUGAAACCAUUUGUCCUGGCAUUCUACGUUUCCCGGAUGGAAAAAGAGACUGGAGUAGGACCUGUUGAGGAGAUUCCCCUUUGUCGGAUCAUCCAUGUCCGCAAGGCCACAUCCGCUGAUUUGAUCCAUGCACAGUCAACUGAUAUCGUCCGCACCUUACAGUUUUUCUUCCAAAAAGAGGAAAACCCUGCAACCUCGAACACGUUGUUGGAUAGCGCGGAAUCUGAAACGAAUACCAGCAAUGCCAAUCUACGCGCCGCCGGUGGUUCUGGAUCGAACCACCAUGCCGGUUCCGACAAUCUAAUACGCUGGCUAGAGCACACGUUCCAACCUAUUCGUUUUCGUAUUGGAACUGUGCUUUGCGAAGUGUGCUACCGGCCAUGUUCGGAGCUCCGAAACCCUCCUCCUGCUUUGGAAUGUACGAAGUGUCGAAUGCGCAUUCACUUGGAUCACGUAGACCAACACCAAAAGUUCGCUUCUUGUCACAGUGCAGCCGAAAUGCGCUACAUUCGCCUUCCAUCUGUGGCUGAACAAGAGAAGUGGAUAAGCCAUAUGAAUCUCUUGGUACGCAGUCUACGGGAGCUUCAGCAAAAUCCGGAGAAACUAAUCGAAUCGGGUCUCUCAGCUAAGGCCGCUUUGGCUGGCGGAGUGACUCAGCUUGGUACCAGACUCGCGAUAGAACCACUGUACCGGAGUAUACGGACCGGUUCUGCAGGCGCUUCUCAACAGCGAUCAGAACUGAAAUCGCCCACACAGAGUUCCAUGAAAGUGAAGGUGAAGCGUCGAGAAAGCCCUCCGAAAGCAUCCUUCUGAUCGUCCCUGCUAACCUCAUUGUUGUUACUACCAAUGGCACCAUCACCUCUCUUGGUUCGCAACGUGCGUACCGCCCGCCGAUUCAUUCUCGGAACAUUCAUUUUAGCUUCGUUCACUCCGCUGGUUGCCGAACUGUGAUCUCUGCUCCCGCUACCAUCUCUCGGUAACUUGUCACGCUUCCGUUGUCCUCAGCGUUCCACUCCCCUCCCCCUUACUCCCAUUCCACGUCCGCGCUUCCCCUUACCGAUGUUAUUCAUCGGGAUUUCUUGUGUAUAUUGUUUCUAUGCACCCCUCAGCAAACCCCUAGUGUAUCCCUAUUUUUGUUCUGUUUGUGCUCGAACAACGGUCCGUCACGCUGCUAUUCCAGUGCCUUGCAAAUAAGAACGCCACCGUUUCCGUCAAGAAGAAAACUCAUAUCCAAACCUUUCACUUUUUCCUCUUUGUCUGAACUUUUUGCCUCUGCUUAAGCGAUGUUAGUCGGCUUAUUCAUCAGAUGCUAUAUUUUAUACAGACUAAUAUUUAAAACAAAGUCUCAUUACCUGCAUUUUGUUUGUUGUCACAACCAUGAUGGUCAGGGUUCAGGUAAGGUCUGUUGUCGGACGAUUUUCUUGCUUCGUUUUUUUCCUUUCAGUCUGUCGAAUCUGGAGAAGACACCUCUGAUAGUGCAAUCAUUGAUUUAUCCCAUUCUGGUUUCCCCAAUCAGAGUCGGUUGGUUGCAGCACAUCACGACUUGAC